AUGAUUACUUCAAAUAGCACAUUCUACGACCACGAACCCCUCCCUAUUCUGCGUGUCCCCACUGGCCCCGAAGCCGACGCCGAGUGGAAUCGAAUCGGCGGCAACACAAAACUCCGUCCGAUUGUUAUAUCAUCCGCCGAAGUCCGCAAGAUGGGAAAAGACCCAGCCAGGGCUGUUAAGAUCCCAGAGGAACUCGGAUACGGCUCAGACGCAUACAUCGCGUGGACCGAAGUGUUCCACCUUCUUCAUUGUGUCGAUAUCCUACGACAGCAUGUCUACAGUGACUACUAUGCAUCGGGACUACAUGGUGAAUCUCACUUGGACCACCAUUCGCAUGCGUCGCACUGUCUGGAGGUUCUGGCAGAGAGCAUCAAGUGCACUGGUAAUACGGAUCCGAUCUUGUUUGCUUGGGUUGAAGGGACACCAUGGCCAUCGCCUGAGUUUAGUACGCAGCAUACGUGUCGAGAUUUUGAGACUGUGCUGGAUUACGUGAAUAAUAAUGGGAUUCCGGAGGAUGUUUUCAAUGCGAUGACGGGGCCGCCGCCAGGUUAUGUGCCGAUUCCAGAGUUCGAUAUCUGA